AUAAAUCCACUGGAUAAAAAGAGCGAGUGUCGAAAAAGAGUGACUCAAUAAAGGCUCUGACGUUUUCUCGACAAAAGUAAAGAAUAGGUAAACUGUUGUUGAUUUUACGUACACAGACCUGAUUUUACAUUUUGCAUUAAAAUAUAAGUAGAUAUACUUUGUGAGGAUGGGAAAACAAAAUAGCAAACUCAAACCCGAAGUACUGGAGGAUCUUAAGCAAAAUACUGAAUUUUCAGAUGCAGAAAUUCAAGAAUGGUAUAAAGGAUUCUUAAAAGAUUGUCCAAGUGGACAUCUAAGUGUUGAGGAGUUUAAAAAAAUAUAUGGAAAUUUUUUCCCUUACGGUGAUGCAUCAAAGUUUGCAGAGCACGUUUUUAGAACAUUUGAUGCUAAUGGAGAUGGAACUAUCGAUUUUCGAGAAUUUCUUUGUGCAUUAAGUGUUACCUCUCGCGGUAAAUUAGAGCAGAAACUCAAAUGGGCCUUCAGUAUGUACGAUCUUGAUGGAAAUGGCUAUAUUUCAAGACAAGAAAUGCUGGAAAUUGUUACGGCAAUCUAUAAAAUGGUUGGAACUGUAAUGAAGAUGCCUGAAGAUGAAUCAACGCCUGAAAAACGAACAGAUAAAAUCUUUCGACAGAUGGAUAAGAACAAAGAUGGAAAAUUAUCAUUGGAAGAAUUUAUUGAAGGUGCAAAAAGUGACCCAUCAAUAGUACGACUGUUGCAGUGUGACCCAAGUGCGCAAGCUCAGUGAAACUAGAGGAAAUGUGGAGUUAUUACUUCUUGUAAAUAAAAAAGAAAUGCUUCAAUAAAAGAAUCAACAAAAAUUGAAAUAAAAGUGAUUCCAAUU